AUGUCGGACAUGGCACUGCAACUGUCGCAGCUUAUCCUCUCCGAUGUGGAUGGCAGGAGAUAUCGUCCAGGCACUUCUUGCAGAGGCCGAAGCGCCAAUGAGACCAAUUUCUGCGUGGACACCUGCCUCAGCUCGGAGGUGCCCGACUCCACCUUCCAACACUGCAAGGAAGUCUGCAUCUGUCAUACGUGGCAUCGGGAAACUGCGGACAUUCUGAUGUGCAUCUUUGGCAUUGCUUCCUUAUGCGCCUGCCUUCUGGUGUUUCGUGCCGACAUCUCGCACAGAGGCAGGCGAAGCUCACGAACUGGAACGCAGAGUUCAUGCCUUCGAUGGUCGAAUGGCUGCAACUUCUGGAACAGUCUUUAUUACGUUGCCUACGCCCUGUCGGACUCUUGGUCGCCGCUUUGGGACGAAAGCUGUGGAACAGGUAUUCAGGACCUUUUCAGCAACCAGUGCCAUCAAGCAGGAGGAUCACCAAUGUGUUUCUUGAACUGCUGCUUCUUUGCCGUCCCAUGGCUUGAGUUCUUCGGAUAUGGCUCGUACCUUUGGAACAUCAUGUGGCUUCUUGACCUGGCGAGAUUUACAUUGAAGCCCCUUGCACCAGAGAAAGUGCUUGGCAUUCCGUUGAUCGUUCUCUACCACACUGCCACCUGGCCCUUGGCAGCUCUAGUUGCCUUCGAUAUAGACGGCGCUCGCUUCUCGACUUCCGUAUGCCGCGAGGCCCGGAUUGUCAUGAUGCCAUGCAUUCUUCGGAGGCAGAACAUGGAGGGUGACUUGCCCUGGUUCCAUAUGGCUGGAUUCGCAGUGAUCGGCAUCGCUUUUGCAAUCAUGGUCUUCCGCUACGUGAAUGCUGGACAGCUCUUGGGCACGGCUGCGCGGCGCUCGCAAGAAGGCCAGCAUUUGUUGUUGCAAGUGAGGAGGUACUUGAGGAAGCAGUGGCUUCAUUUUGCCAGCCUGGUAUUCUGCAGCAUCUUGAUUCUCCUCGACACCAGCCGGACGUGCAAAGACGACUUCUUCAGUUACCUCACGUCUAUCGGCUUUGCAGGGCUGGGGCUUUUCUUAAGCCUGGACCGUUUGGUCGCUAUGGUUCGAGACCGGGGAAGGGAAGAUGCUGGGCUUUUCCGGGAAAGCCCCGGCCUGGGUGUAGAAAGUACCGAGCUGGCAUCGCCAAGUGCAGGAGGACUGUCUCGUAUUCAUCAUUCCAGCUCACGGCUUCAUCACUCGAUGAGUACCUCGAUUCAAGGGGCCGAGGGCUAUAGGCUACUGGACUUCUCGGGACUCUUGGAGCAGCUGAUACAAUACCUUCGCGAUGAGGAGCUCCAGCUGGGACAGCAGCUUCAGCUCUUGGGGAAAGGACUCGAACCGAGGCAAGCGGCCGAAGCUCAGACUGCGAUUUUGCGCUCCUCUGCCUGCCUUGACGACAACCCCGAAAUGCAGUGGGAUUGGACCAUUUCUGCAGGCUCUGACACUGCCCUCACUGUGAUUGCACCUCGGUCCUUCGUGUAUCUGCGUCGCCUUUGCGGCGUGGAUGGACAGAAGCUUCUGGCGGAGCUGUUGCGCACCAAUGUUAGUGAGCUACGCAGUGCGGCCAAGAGUGGGUGCUCCUUGCUCCUGUCGUCAGACAACACCACCUUCGUCCUGAAGACGAUUUCAAGAUCUGAAGUUAAACAGCUUCGCGCCAUGUUGGGACCAUACCGUAAGCAUCUGGAGCAGCACCCAAAUUCCAUGCUAUGUCGAGUCUAUGGCUGCUUCAGCUUCAAGAAUUCCUUGGGCUACUUUCUGCACGCAGUGCUCAUGAACUGCUUGACCGGAAUGCCUGCGUCUCUGGCAGAGCAUCAUCUUCCUGCAGUGGACGAAGUCGGCGAACCUUCCAUUUUCGACAUUAAGUCAGAGUUUCAAGAUGGCGGCUUUCGAAGCUGCUUUCCCGAUGGCUUGCAUUGUUCCGGGCGCAGUUGGCCAAGCGACUUUGAAGCUGACUUGACAUUCCUGGCAUCGUUGGGUGUUGUGGACUAUUCUGUACUGCUUGCUGUUUGGCAGCUUCCGGACGAGCUUGGCAGAGCACUGGAGAACGUAGAUCUGCCAAGCGGCAUGAGCCUACAACGGCAACAGUCCAGUGGGUGCUUUCAGUUGGCCAGGAUGGGGAUCAUCGAUUUCCUGGUGCAUUGGGACGUGCGCAAGCGAACUGAGAGCGCCUUGAAGCGCACGUGCCUGCAUCCCAGGCACACUGAGCGUGUUACAAUCAUGGAUCCGGACACAUACAAGCGGCGGCAACUUGCGUUUUUGAUGGCCAUGUUUCGCAACACAGCUUAA